GGAGCGCAGCGGCGCGCCUCACGCACCUCACGCACCUCACUAGGUCCCAGCAGCCGCAGAAUUAUGAGCGAACAGCCCGCGCUGCCUUCCCCCUCCUGGAUAUUAUGCUCGUGUUUUCCUUCACAUCUGGCUUAGUUCUUGACCAGCGGCGCGUGCGUCUGUGCGGUGUGGGGAGAGAGAGCAUGGUGCGUAAUUGUGCGUGGAUUGCAGAGGUGCCAGAGAGGGAGAGUUAGGCGAUAUGCGCCGCGGGGACAGGAGCGUCAACCGACAGGCUGAUGGAAUAUAGCCCGGUGUGCCCCAGCCCGAGCGCCGCCUGGUCCAGCCCCGUGAAGAAGAAGCUCGUGCUGCUCAGCAUCAUGUUCCUGCUCUGGGUCUACAUGCUCUACUCCUGCGUGGGCUACUGCGCCACCGUGCCAAGUUUGGUGGCGGAGACCUACCGGGGCCGGGAGGCCGGGAGGCGGACGGGAGAGGGCGGCAGGGCGGACGGGCUGGUGUCCCGGCUGCUGGCCAAGCCGCAGCCCUGGGAGGACGUGGAGAGCGACUACGAGGAGCCGUCCGUCCGGACCGGGACCGGGACCGGCGCGUCCAGGGACCUGCUGCUCACUAACGAGCCGGACGCGGACUGGGAGCGCGCCCCGGAGCCCAGCGCCAUGUCCAGCUUCUCCAACGGCUCCGGGAGCAAGAAGCUGCCGCAGGCGAUCAUCAUCGGGGUGAAGAAAGGAGGAACCCGGGCUCUGCUGGAGUUCCUGCGCGUGCACCCGGACAUCAGGGCCGUGGGCGCGGAGCCGCACUUCUUCGACCGCAACUACGACAACGGCCUGGACUGGUACAGGGAGCUGAUGCCGAAGACCCUGGAGGGCCAGAUCACCAUGGAGAAGACCCCCAGCUACUUCGUGACCAGGGAGGCUCCGGCCAGGAUCUCGGCCAUGUCCCGGGACACCAAGGUGAUCGUGGUGGUGAGGGACCCGGUCACCAGAGCCAUCUCGGACUACACGCAGACGCUGUCCAAGAAGCCCGACAUUCCCUCUUUCGAGAGCCUCACCUUCAAAAACAGGACUACGGGGCUCAUCGACACCUCGUGGAGCGCCAUCCAGAUCGGCAUCUACGCCAAGCACCUGGACAACUGGCUGCAGUACUUCCCCAUGGAGCAGAUCCUGUUCGUGAGCGGCGAGCGCCUGAUCAGCGACCCGGCCGGAGAGCUGGGCCGCGUGCAGGACUUCCUGGGGCUCAAGAGGAUCAUCACGGACAAACACUUCUACUUCAACCAGACCAAGGGAUUCCCGUGCCUCAAGAAAGCGGAAGGCAGCAGCAAGCCCCACUGCCUGGGGAAAACCAAAGGACGGACCCACCCAAACAUCGACCCGGAGGUGGUGCAGAGGCUGCGGGACUUCUACCGGCCCUUCAACAUGAAGUUCUACCAGAUGACGGGACACAACUUUGGUUGGGAUUGAUGUGAAAAAUCAUAAGACUGCUUUUUUUUUUUUUUGUCAAGUUUUGUUGUUAAGAAUUUUUUUUCUCUGUAAUUCAAUGGCAAGAUGUGGAGAUAUUGCUAUAUAUAUGUAAAAUGUACAGAAAUCUAUUUUAUAAUAAUUUAUUUUUAUUUCUAAGCAAUUAAUUCACUAAGCUGCCUAACCAUAUUUGUACAUAACAUCUGACCCACAUGUGUUGUGUUUUUUUUUUUUUUUUUUUAACAUUCCUCAUUUUAUUUUAAUUCUCUUGCUCCUGUCGUGGUUCCUGUAAACUCAGUGGAUUAUUACUUUAUUUUCUUUGGUGCUUCAUAUUGCAGAUAAUCAGCGUCGAUUGAAGUAGAGACUGGGGUGAGAAAUAUGUAAAUGCACCAUAUUACGGGUACGGAGAACACCUAACCAUAUGCAUCCCUGAUGAUAUAUGCACCGCGGCUUCACUUUCAUCCCCUUUAAGCCCUUUCUGAGCGCGAUUCUUUUAUUAGGUGUCUCACUUCCUGUUGAAGGUUUUCACCCUGCGCCUCAGCAGCAGGUCCCGUGUCUCAUUCCACUCAAUAAGAGGCCGAUCAAUAGCUCUAAUUGAUACUCAUUGUGUCACUCAUGCUUAAAGUAUCCAGCUGGCCUUUCAUUCGGCGCUCCUGCUGCCCGCUCUAAUGAACGACCCAUCCAUCAAACGUUAAAUCCCAUCCCGGACCACGUCAGGAUCCAUGUUAACAUUAUGCUAAUGGGGUAAAGGUAACUGGCAGAUCGAUCCGGCCUCCGCUUUGUAACUCCCCAUUAGAAGCGGCGGCCGGCUCGGAGCCAGGCGAUCGCCUCGGUUCAAAGGUCACGCAAAGUCUCAAUCAAAUUUGCUGGAUGUGUUUGAGGCAGCAGAGGCGUGUGAGCCACGAAUCGAAGGUACAGAUAGGAACGGCGGCGGGCCUCAGUGAGCGGGUGCUCCUUCAAACGCAAAGAUCCCAGACUAAAUGCAUCAAAGCUGCAGGAAGGGUUUUGUUCCUGUGAAUCACUGGCAGCGCAGCAGGAAUCGCCUCAGGCAGGGUUCUAGCGUCACAGAAUCUCGUGUGCCAUCAUUCAUGGCCGAUAUACUUUAUGCCUUAUCCGCCCAUCCUCACCUCUCCACAACAGAUCUUAACUUUCUACUUGUUGCCAAAAAAAACAAAAAUCCUUGGAUUGAUAUCAUGUUUCACACAGCUUAGAAUCUGUUUUGCAUUGCUUGGUAGUUUUUUGGAAUUUUUCUUUUUUUUUUUUUUUGUCUUUCUACUUGAAUUCUUGAUAUGCAAGAGGGAGAAAAUGUGUAGUUAUCAUUCUUUGAUGUGAUGUCUUUGCAGCGGGUGGCGGCGGCGGCGGCGGCGCUACGCCGCGCUCGGCUAAGCUAUGCACGCUCAGUGUGGCGGCCGUGAAGAACACGCAGGCAGAUCGAAAGGGAGUUUUAGCAUCCGGAGAAGGGUUCAGUGUGAUUUAGACUGAAUGUACACAACCUACCCUCACACAAAAUGUUCCUCAAAUCGAUGUUUGAAGGUCAGAUUGCCACUAAGUGAAAGUUUGAUUGUCCUUUUUGUCCUUUGGAAGUCAAGGAAAUGUGCCUCUUCUAGCUGUCAGUCCAACACACUCUGCCUGCUCCAGUCACCGAGAGACAUGACGGCUAAUUCACCGCUUUUUCUGUCCGUUCCAGCUGAGAACAGCUGCGUGGUUCAGCCUCAAACCAAUGGUUGCUGGCAGGGCGGAUGGUGGCUUUGUUGCACUGGGUUUUACACUUUAAGGCCCCGUUCACACGACGACGCAUUCAAGUGAAAACACAAGAGUUCUGUAGCAUCUUGGGCGUCUGUUCACACGGCGACGGCGACGGAGCCAUACGAACGUCAGUGUCGUCCCAUUGUUAAUGAUAGUAAUGUUAACAGUUAUGUGUGUGUGUGUGUGUGAGUGUGUGGUUUCAUAACGAAAGCAUCCAACAGCACCCACUAGUGGUCCAACCUGAAAAUGACACCGUUUUCAGCGUUUCUGCCAUUUCUGUGUGAACGAACACCGUUUUCAAAACGUUGCCGUGGAAACGGGGUCUGACUGUACCCGGUUCAGUAAAGCCUUCAUCCCCUCGUCUCUCCUUAGUGCAAUGUUUGAUGAUUUAAAAAUAGACAAAUUAAAAUAAAGCAUUUAUGACGUCGCUGAGCAAGCUGUCAUCUUCUGGAAGGAAAGUCGGAGGUUUUCUGUCGUGCAUUUAAAUUUCUGGUCGAGUUUAUGUAACGGAGGGAUUAUCUGUGGGGGGAAAAGGCAAAAGAACAAGUUGCACUCGUGGGUCUUCUCCUCGUUGCUGCAUCGGCUAUGGUUGAGUUUUAUUCAACCUGUUCUUGAGAUCUAAAUGAAACGUUAGGAAAAGUUUGUCUUAUCCACAUAUAAUAUGUAUCUAGACUAGCAGAUCUGUGUGUACAAAGAUGAAAAAGACAUGUAAAUCCAGUAUUUUGUGGUAUGUACAUCAAAGGAAUUAAUUUUACACAAAAUGCAAGAGAAAAAUGGAACAGAUGUUUCUAGACUAUUAAAUACUGAACAUUCAUAUUAUUUCUUUGUAUGAAGAAAUAAAUAAAUAAAAAAAAUAUAUAUUUUACCAAAACCUGGA